ACAAAGCAAAACAGAAGCUUUUAAUCGAGUAUAGUUUUAUAGUUUACUGUGUGAAAAAUUUGCAACAUUUCAAUGGCGUCGUCGAAGCAGUUCAAGGAGGAGAGAGCUGAGGCAGAAGCGAGGAAAGCCGCGCUUGAUCUGAAAGAUGGGAACAGAGAAAGAGAGUACGAAACAGCUGGGGUGAAGAUGGACAGGGACAUGUACGGCCAGCCAAGAGAGCCAUCCCAUGUGCAACAAGAAGCGAAGCCUGGUGUGAUUGGGUCUGUUUUUAGGGCUGUGACCGGCACAUUGGAGCAUGCAAAGGACGCUGUUGUGGGCAAAAGCCAUGACACUUCUGAUGCAGCAAGAGAGCGUUCGGAAUACACCACACUUAAGGCGAAGGAAACGACUGAUGCGGCUGGAGAGAAGCUGGAGGAGUAUAAGGAGGCCGCGGCGCGGCCGGCGAAGGAGUCUGGGGAGAAGACGAAGGAGGUGAAGGACACUGCUGCGGAGAAGGCCAAAGAGACCAAGGAGUCUGCCAAGGGGAAGGGGAGUGAGUAUGCGGAUUACACUUCGCAGAAGGCGAAAGAGGCCAAGGAAGCCGCGGCGGAGAAGGCUAAGCAGACGAAAGACUAUGUUGCCGAGACCGCAAGUGAGGCUACGGAGAAGGCGAAAGAGACAAAGGAUGCUGCGAUGAGGAAGGCUGAGGAGUACACGGAUUACACUGCUCAGAAGGCCAAGGAGACCAAGGAUACCACAGUAGGGAAGGCUAAAGAGUACACCAAUUAUGGGGCCGAGAAGGCAGAGGAGGCCAAGGACAUUACAGUGGGGAAGGCCGGUGAGUACACGAACUAUGCUGCCGCGAAGGCAAAGGGGGCCAAGGACACUACGGUGGGGAAGGCGGAGGAGUACAAGAAUUACACCGCAGAAAAGGCAAAGGAGACUGCGGAGGCAACCAAAGAAAAGGCAAAAGAGACUGCGGAGGCGGCCAAAGACAAGACUAAAGAGACAGCGGAGUAUACAGCUGAGAAAGCAAAAGAAGGGAAGGACACUACUGUGAGCAAGUUGGGUGGGCUCAUGAAUUACUUGACUGGUAAGAAAGAAGAAACCAAACAGAAGGCUGCAGAGACGGCUGAGACUGUCAAAGAGAACACUAAACAGGCGGCUGAGGCGGCGAAGGAGAAGACUGAAGAGACUGCCGAGGCAACCAAACAGAAGACCAAAGAGGCAGCUGAAAAAACCAAGGAGACGUUGGGUGAGACCGAGGACGAAGCUAGGAGAAAGAUGGAGGAGCUGAGGCUAAGGGAGAAAGGUUAUGAAGCGAGAGCAGGAGACAUGGACCGUGAUGAGGACCGCGGGAUUGAGGCAGCUAAGGGCACUGCAGCAAAGAGCAACAUUUUCAGCUCACUUGGGAGUGUGAGUGAUGCCAUCAAGAGCAAGCUGACUCAUCCAACCGAUGUGGUGGAGGAGUCACGUGCUGCACGUGAGGAGGGGAGUACGGGGAGGACCAAGACUCCUGCUAUGGUAGAGGUACCUGUGGAGAAGGUGGAGAUUGACAUCAGGGACACGCGCCCGGGGGCUGUGGCCACGGCACUUAAGAAGUCUGACCAGAUGUUUGGUCAAACUUUCAACGAUCCUGGUAGUAUGGGAGAUGAGGGCAAGGUGGUUAUGGAGCGGCGCGUGGUAGACGAAGCCGGAAAUGUGCGUGUGGACCGCAGUGGCAAGAUGUGAUCGAGUCCACUGUUUGUAGUGUGGACCUUUUGUUCUGAUGUUGUUUUGGGUUUUGGCACGGCUACCUAGUCGUUUUGGAUGUGUGUAUUUUGUUUGGCCCUCUUUGUAUUAUGUAUAUGUUACUGUUAAA